AUGGUGCUCUUUACCCAGAUGGAAGAACUGAGAGCCCUCGGGCUGGAGUCAGCUUUGCAAGUUGUCCAAACUUUUUCUCACUUCCAAAAUCUGCUGGCCAUAGCCCCAGACCCCGCCCCAGGCCACCACAAGCUCAGCGUCUCUGCAGAGAACAAACCCUUUCUAGAUGCCAAGGUGCAGAUAGGCCCCAGCUCACUCAGGCCACGUCAGCCCAGGAUCAGCACGGCUGUCCACCUGUGGGUGCUCACCCUGGCCUUGGCUGCCCUCUUCCUUGUGGACACGGGUGAUGCCAGUGUCGGGGCAGCAAAGUUCAUUUUCUCAAGAAUGCCCAUCUGUGAGCACAUGGCAGAAUCUCCAGUCUACCCCUAGAUAUAUGACCCGGUCUGUGGCACUGACGGGGUCACGUAUGACAGUGAAUGCAAGCUCUGCUUGGCUCGGAUUAAGACUGUCAAACAGGACAUCCAGAUCGUGAACGAUGGCAAAUGCUAA